UGCGUCCCUUUACUUGUCUCGUUCUUUGGAACUUUUUUAUUUCUAAAAUCUACGAAGAUGGUUAGUGUACUCGAUAAUGCGAAUCCGACUGUUUAUAGCAAAGUUGGAGAAAGAAUCAUUUCACCAGAAGAAGAAGAGGAAAAUGUAGUAGAUGUCAUAGAUGAUCGUGAAGUUUUCGAUUUAAUCCGUGUGAUUGGUGACCCUGAACAUCCAUUGUCACUGGAAGAACUGAACGUAGUUGAAGACUCGAGAGUACAUGUGGACAAUGUCAAGAAUAAAGUGUGCGUUGAGUUCACGCCGACAAUACCUCACUGCAGUAUGGCCACCCUGAUUGGUCUCUCCAUCAGAGUUAAGCUGCUUCGGUCUUUACCGUCAAGGUUUAAGGUUGAUGUGCAAAUAACACCUGGGUCACAUGCAUCAGAAGAAGCAGUUAACAAACAGUUGGCAGAUAAGGAGCGAGUAGCUGCAGCAUUGGAAAACACUCACCUGUUAGAGGUGGUUAACCAGUGUCUGGCUCCAACCACAAGGAAAAUAUGAGGGGAAGUCAAGCCACAUGUUGUUGUCAGACUACAUUCUAAAUAAUCCUAUCAGCCCUUGAAUUUCAGAAAAUUGCCAUAGAAAAAAAAUUCAGACAUAACAGCAAAAGCAGUUUGCAUCAGCUAAAAUACACUUUGUCUCGGCAUCUGUAUUUUGAAUAUCUAUACUAUCAUAGAAUGUCUUCCCUGAAGUUGCAUUGGAAAAAUAAAAAUGUUGUUAUUGAUUUUAUGUCAGGUUGCACAGUCGGCAUUGCUGAAUAAUGAAGCAAACUGCAAGUGCGGUCUGUCAUCUUAAAGUACUUGUGAAAGGAUGUAAUCCAAUGUGAACAACGACACGUUUGGAUUCUGUUACAGAUCCGUUGAUCGCUGUCAGUUUUUAUGUGCAGAAAGCACAAAAUUGACUAACUCAGACAGAGAGUUCUUAUAGCAUUGAAAAUCAUUAAGUUUGAAAUAAGUGUAUAUAUAAAGACAAUGGAGAAAAAAAAAUGUGUUUGAUGCUUUGAAUUCUGAAGAGAAAAAACAUGCUUAUGUUAAAUAAAUUUAAAGCUGAA